CAGUGUUUACAGCCCCUCCCCCACCGGCUCCUCCAGCUCCUCCUCCCGGACCCGCUAGCCAGCUAGCCGCCGUGAACCCGACCGAAGAGGCUUUAAAACGGACCCGGACCUGCAGCAGGCCGCCCGGACGCGUCUCCUUCCCCCGGAUGAGCCUCCUUCCUCCGGUCACCGAGGCUAACGUCUCCGCGUGCCGCUCGUUCGCCGGAUUCCCGCCGCGAUGGCCGGCUAGCUAGCAGCCCGAAGCUAGCCGGCGGCUCGCGGGUCCUGUAGCCGGGAAGCAGCGCCGCUAGCCCCGCAGCCAACUCCCUGGUUUUACGGCCUUUUUUUAAGAUCACUUUUCCGCCCCUUGUUUUCUUUAAUUUAACCGGAAUUCUGUUUGUUCGUUUAGGAAUCAAAAUAUAAUGAUACAUGUUGUGUUUGAAAUAUGUAGGUCACCGUUAACCAGCUGGUUAAACUAGUGAGUGAAGCUAGUCAACCCGUUAGCACCAGCAGCUGGUUAGCACCGCAGCUAGCUGGGUUUAUUCUAUUUAUCCGUCAUUUAAAACAUUCAGAGAAACCAACAACGUUUGUUUACCUGCGGUUGUUCGCGAGGAUUAAUCUGCAGCUUCGCUUUCCAAGGUUUUUUAUUUAUUUAUUGUUAAUAUUUUGGGGUAAUAACUUCGUUUAGCUGGGAUCCUGCUAAGAUAAACUAACGAAGCAGCUUUACUAAUCCCCCAGGAGUCAACGGGGUCAUGCCGAGCGCGGCGCUGUGUUUCCUCGCCGCCUAGCCGGCCGAGCGGCGCUGCUUCUGGGCUCCGGCGAGCGGAGGGAUGGCCUUCCACGGCGCGGGCCGGCAGACCGCCUGUGGAGACCUGUUCCCGGGCCCCGAGCUGGGCCACAAGUAUUUCUGUGUGAACUCCUCCUGCGGCGCUCCCUCCACGGGCCUCAGCGCCACCCCGUGCCUCACUGGACCCAACGCCCCAGCCGGGACACCCCGCCACCCCGCGGCCAUGGGGGGCAGCACCGGCGGAGGGGCCGCGGUGCCUCAGCCCUACAGCAACCCGGCCAGCGAGGUGCCGAGUCCGGCCGAGAUGGAGCCCGACCGGCCCAUCGGAUACGGAGCCUUCGGCGUCGUCUGGUCCGUCACGGAUCCACGAGACGGUCGCAAAGUGGCUUUGAAGAAGAUGCCCAACGUCUUCCAGAACCUGGUCUCCUGUAAGAGGGUCUUCAGAGAGCUGCGGAUGCUGUGCUUCUUCAAACACGACAACGUUCUGUCGGCGCUGGACAUCCUGCAGCCUCCACAGAUUGACUGCUUCGAGGAGAUCUACGUGAUCACGGAGCUGAUGCAGAGUGACCUCCACAAGGUGAUCGUGUCUCCUCAGCCGCUCACCACCGACCACAUCAAGGUCUUCCUCUACCAGAUCCUCCGAGGCCUGAAGUAUCUUCACUCUGCUGGGAUCCUGCACCGAGACAUCAAACCUGGCAACCUGCUGGUCAACAGCAACUGUCUGCUGAAGAUCUGUGACUUUGGCUUGGCGCGUGUGGAGGAGCCCGACCCGACGCGUCACAUGACCCAGGAGGUGGUGACCCAGUACUACCGGGCGCCGGAGGUUCUGAUGGGCUGCCGGCACUACGGCUCGGCCAUCGACGUCUGGUCGGUCGGCUGCAUCUUCGCUGAGCUGCUGGGGAGGCGCAUCCUGUUCCAGGCGCAGAGCCCCAUUCAGCAGCUGGACCUGAUCACAGACCUGCUGGGGACCCCCCCCCUGUCGGCCCUCUCGUCGGCCUGCGAGGGGGCCAGAGCCCACAUCCUGAGGGGGCCCCACAAACCGCCGUCGCUGUCCGUGCUCUACAUGCUGUCCGACGGCGCCACGCACGAGGCCGUGCACCUGCUCUGCCGGAUGCUGGUCUUUGACCCGGCGAAGCGUAUCUCCGGCAGCGACGCCCUGUCCCACCCGUACCUGGACGAGGGCCGGCUGCGCUACCACACCUGCAUGUGCCAGUGCUGCUACUCGGUGCCCAGCGGCCGCGUCUACACCCGCGACUUUGAGCCGGUGGCCGAGGUCCCGUUCAGCCACAGCUACGAGAACAGCCUGCUGUCGGUGUGGCAGGGCAAAGAGCUGAUCCACCGCUUCAUCACGGAGCACCAGCAGGGCAAGCGGGUGCCGCUGUGCAUCAACCCCCAGAGCGCUGCGUUCAAGACCUUCAUCAGGUCCACUGCAUGGCAUUCCUCCAAGGUGUCCAGGAAGGAGGAGAGAUGAACGCUCCUCCUCUUCCUCAUGAGGAGGAGUAAUACCGAAGAGUUUGGGUCAUUUUUAUUUAUUUUGGUUCACCUGGCGAGAUGAAAGCCGCCCGAGCUCCUCCUUCUCCUCAACCCCCGAGCUCCUCCUCGACCCCCGAGCUCCUCCUUCUCCUCGACCCCCGAGCUCCUCCUCGACCCCCGAGCUCCUCCUUCUCCUCGACCCCCGAGCUCCUCCUCGACCCCCGAGCUCCUCCUUCUCCUCGACCCCCGAGCUCCUCCUCGACCCCUGAGCUCCUCCUUCUCCUCGACCCCCGAGCUCCUCCUCGACUCCCGAGCUCCUCCUUCUCCUCGACCCCCGAGCUCCUUCUCGUUUAGUUCGACCGCUUUUCUUUUCUAAAGGACCCAAACAGCUGAUCGGCGUUUUGUUCCCACUGCUGAAUAAACAACAUGAAGUCAAAUGCUGCGGAGAGAAAGGAAGUCGGUCCUCGAUGUGAGACGUUAAAUAAUAAUAAUGCUUUUAAUUGUUUUAGGAUUGUUGCUCGGUUGAUUUUAUUUAAUUGUCAUUCCAGCCGUUUAAUUUAAACGGGAAACGCCACGGGGAUCUCUUAUUUCAGCUGCAUUUGAACACAUCCCCCCGAAGAGGAACAGGAGGUCAUCCACAUCUUUGAACCAAACCUUUUAUUUUGAAAUUCCUGACAGGCGUAUUCGGCCUUUUGAGGGUUGAGACCGGAUCACAACGAAGCCUUGACACGUUUACAAACAUCGACCUGAAGAAUCAUUCUUCUCGUUCUUUUGAGGGUUUUUUCUAGUACACAUUUAUUUGGCAAGUCAAAUUUUUUUUGUUUUUAAAUUUAAAUUUUUCCAACAAAUUAAAAAAAUUCAGAAAUUUUUAUUUUUCAGAAAUUCAAAUUUUCAGGAAUUUAUAUUUUUGUCAAUUUUAAUUUAAAAUUUUCAGACAUUUUCUAUUAACAAUUUUAAUUUAAAUAUUGUUUUCUACUUCGAAAAAAAUCCCAAAAUGUUCUGGACUUGUUUUUUUCUCGUGCGUUCCUACUUUAAUCCAGACGGCCAUCGUUCCUGUUUUGAGUCUUUUUUGUAAAUAGUGUCUCUAAAUAAUUACCCAGGUGCCCCGGCUCCAUCUGUACUAACGAGUUCUUAAGAUAACGUUCUGAUCCCAUUUCAACGUGUUUUAUUUUCCCGCCUCCCAGACGGACAAACGGGAAGUGACGGCGGUUUUAAUUUUGUUAUUGUUUCUUAAUUUAUUGAGUGUUUGUUGAAGAGUUUGUUUGUUUUUAGUUUCCUCCGGAGAGAAAGAAGAAGUGAUGCCUGCCCCCCCCCCCCCCCCUAAACACCAUUCCUCCAGAUUCUUCUGACCCUGCCCCCUUGGCCCCGCCCACCAGCUCUGAAGAACGGUUGGUCCAUGCUGCUGCCUCUCCUUUAGUUUGGUGUUUUUAGGACUUCCUGUUGUAGUUUCUGGCUCAGGUGCUCCGUCCUGUAUGGACCCCGAACUGUACUGAGCCACAUGAAGAAGGUUAUGGAUCCGGAUGGGUCCCCUAGGCCUCCUGGGGGGGGGGGUCUAUGAGUCUUGGGGGUGCCUGAGUCCCCCUGGGGGGGCCUGAGUCCUCCUGGGGGGGCCUGAGUCCCCCUGGGGGUCUGGUUGGAUGUGGUCUCGUGGUAGUUCUUCUUUAGGAAGUGGUUGUUUGUGGUGCUGAGGAAACUCUUUGGUGAUUGUUCCCUAAAACACACAAAGGACUAAAGUUAAAGUCUUAAUUCUCAUUAAUGUUCAUCUCUCUUAUUUAACAAAAUAAAGUUCAGAGGAUUUCAAAGUAAAACUUUGAUCUUCUCGUCUUUAACCAACCGGAAGAUCAAUAUGCUACUGGAAAUAUAUUUAUAUGUAUACAUUUAUAUAAAUAUAUAUAUAUUUAUAUAUUUAUUUAUAUAAACGUGAAGAGCCAAACUCAAUACUAAAUUUUUUAUUUUUUUAUUCUAGAUAAAAACAAUAAGUUAAAUGAAUCUUCAGUUGAAACCAAAACUGAAGAUUCAUUUAACUUUCAAAGUUUCUCUUAAAUAAUAAAUUAUUAACUAAAUAUAUAAAGUUCACUUUUUGAAAUUUUAGGGAACAAUGAAUCAAACUUCUCCUUUUGACUUUCUGUUGAGUAGAAAUCCUUCAGGUGAGGAGCAGUGUUUAAACUGGUGACCUCUAGGUGACCACUAUGACCUCUAGGUCACCCUUAGAUGACUGAGGUAACCUCUGGGACCUUUAGAUCACCUAGUUUACCUUUAGGUGAACUCUGGGACCUUUAGAUGACCUCUAGGUGACUAAGAUGACCUCUAGGUGACUGUGAUGACCUUCACAUUACCUCUAGGUGACCUUUAGAUGACCGCUAGGUGACCUUUAGAUGAUCUCUAGGUGACCUUUAGAUGAUCUCUAGGUGACUUAGAUGCCCUCUGUGUGACCUUUAGAUGACCUCUAGUUGACUGAGGUGACCUUGCUGGUCUGGGAUCAGCUGUUGACAAACGGGUCGAUCAUGUCUAGACUUGUUUUUCUUCUAUGAAAAGAAACUUGAUGUUUUUAUUCUAAAUCUGAAGUUUUUUGUCGUUUAGCAACAAACUAAAAAGUUUUUGUUCGUUUUUUGACUUUUUGUUCCCAACAAAUACUUGAAUUUCUUAAACAAUGUUUAGAAGUGGAUGAUGAUGAAUAAACGGACACUGGAUCACA